CUUCUUCUUCUUAAUCCCCCCUCUCUCUCUCGCUCUCUCUCUCUCUCUCUCUCUCUCUCUCUCCGCUCCAUUUACCCAGGGUUGGUUCCACUAUGGACGCGAUGCUAGUGUGCAAAUCCGCUUGCUCCCCCCCUGGUUUAUUCGUCAAACCUGCUAGAGGAAUUAGGAGCUCACAAUGUAGCUUGAUGGUGGGAAACUCUCCAAACUUUCUAAAGAUAAGCCUUCCCAGACAAAGAGCUUCCGGAACGACCACUAGGUUGAGAAAAUGUGGAGGCGCUCUUAGUGCGACUUGCAGGAAUGAGAAGAUACUUAUAGCAAAUCGAGGUGAAAUCGCAGUCCGAGUGAUUCGCACUGCUCACGAGAUGGGGAUUCCGUGUGUCGCAGUUCACUCAACAAUAGAUCAGGAUGCACUUCAUGUAAAGCUUGCAGAUGAAGCUGUUUGCAUUGGUGAAGCACCGAGCAGUCAAUCGUAUCUGUUCAUUCCAAAUGUUUUAUCAGCUGCUGUUAGCCGAGGAUGCACAAUGUUGCAUCCAGGUUAUGGUUUCCUGGCUGAAAAUGCUGGUUUUGUUGAUAUAUGCAAAGAGCAUGGGAUCAACUUUAUCGGGCCUAAUCCCGACAGCAUUAGGGUUAUGGGUGACAAAUCUACAGCAAGAGAAACAAUGAAGAAAGCGGGAGUCCCGACUGUACCAGGGAGUGAAGGACUAUUGCAGUCCACAGAGGAGGCUGUCAAGCUAGCCCACGAGAUUGGUUUUCCUGUGAUGAUCAAGGCAACCGCUGGUGGCGGAGGACGUGGAAUGCGUCUAGCUAACGAACCGGAUGAAUUCGUAAAGCUUCUUCAGCAAGCAAAAAGUGAAGCGGCAGCUGCAUUUGGUAAUGAUGGAGUUUAUUUAGAGAAGUACAUCAAGAAUCCAAGGCAUAUUGAAUUUCAGGUUCUUGCUGACAAGUAUGGAAAUGUCGUUCACUUUGGGGAGCGUGAUUGUAGCAUUCAGAGAAGGAAUCAGAAACUUUUAGAAGAAGCUCCCUCUCCUGCCUUGACCCCAGAACUUCGAAAAGCUAUGGGUGAUGCCGCAGUUGCUGCAGCAGCAUCCAUAGGUUAUAUUGGUGUUGGCACUGUGGAAUUUCUCUUAGAUGAAAGAGGUUCCUUUUACUUCAUGGAAAUGAACACAAGGAUCCAGGUGGAGCACCCUGUAACCGAAAUGAUAUCUUCGACUGAUUUGAUUGAGGAACAAAUUCGUGUGGCUCUUGGAGAGAGGCUUUCAUACAAGCAGGAGGACAUUGUUUUGAGAGGGCAUUCAAUUGAGUGCCGUAUCAAUGCCGAAGAUGCUUUUAAAGGAUUUCGCCCUGGACCUGGAAAGAUUACUGCAUACUUGCCAUCAGGAGGUCCAUUUGUUAGAAUGGAUAGUCAUGUUUAUCCGGGCUAUGUGGUUCCCCCAAGCUAUGACUCACUUUUGGGAAAACUUAUUGUGUGGGCGCCAACAAGGGAGAGAGCAAUAGAGCGAAUGAAAAGAGCUCUUGAUGACACUAUCAUCACAGGGAUCCCUACAACCAUCGAAUACCAUAAGUUAAUUCUUGACAUUGAGGACUUUAGAAAUGGAAUAGUGGAUACUGCAUUCAUUCCAAAGCACGAAAAGGAUUUGGCUGCGCCUCAGAAGCUGGUGUUAUCUACCGCGGAGAAAGAGCUUGCGGGGGUCGGCAAUUAGAACUUCACCAACCCGCUGCCUAAAAUUGAAUCUUCUGUACUGCAGUCGCCCUCUUAUUCAUAUCUUCUUACACAGCAGAAGAUUUUGAUGCUAGAAUAAUAGUGGUCUUGGUUUUUUUGUUUAUUUUUCCUUUCUCUUCCCAGUUUGUAUCUCUGCCGAGACAUAUGAAAUGACUAUAUUAGAAGAGUUUGUAUCUCUGCCGAGAUAUAUGAAAUGACUAUAUUAGAAGCAAAUGGUUGUAGUUAUUGAUUUUGGCA